UUUCCCAGAAGCUACAUGUGUAUAUAACACCAGCGCUCAGAGUAUCAGCCCAUGAAACACAGCAGGAGCAACACUACCUUCAAAACAACCUCUAAUAAGACUGCUGGAGUUUAGCACUACAUUUUUAUACAAACUUCUAGACCGCAAAAGAGCUGAACUGGUACUUGAACUCUCUUUGAAUACUGCCUUGGGUUAAGUAGGUAAAGGAAGUUUCUACUCCGGGAUCCGCAGAAAAGCUCUAGUAAAACGAUGGAAGGUGAUUGCAGCAGAGUGACAGUGGACUUGGAGAAUGGCCCUGUGUCACCGACCGUGACCCUGGUACGGGAGAAGUCCACACGACGGUGGAGGCUGUGUGGUGCCCUGCUGGCCAUGGCGCUGUGUGUCUCAGCUGCACUCUUCUUUACCUGGCACACCAAGAAACAAGAUCACUUCGAGAAAGCUGAAAUUCAGCAUACCCUGAGACAACUCUCUGGAAACAGAAAGGCUGCCAUUCAUCUAGAAGGUGAAUACAACGCCAAUGGUGAUUACAAGUCCUCAGUGGAGUGGACACAUGACGAGGGCCAGGGAUUCUCACAGGGGGGUCUUAAACUCAACAACAACGAAAUUGUUAUUCCCCAGACGGGCCUCUACUUUAUCUACAGCCAGGUCUCUUUCCACGUCAGCUGCAAGGCCGACCCCAAGCACCCUAACAACCAGGACAUGGUUCACCUAAGUAACACGGUCACGCGCUGGUCCCCAAGCUACGGCACCGAAGACAACAAGGAGUACCAGACGCUGCUCAACUCCGUACGCACCGUGUGUAAGAAGUCUUCCAACAGCGAGGCUGCGAGUGAAGGAAAGUGGUAUAAUGCCGUGUACAUGGGAGCAGUGUUCAGCCUGGAGAAGGGAGACAGGCUCCGGACAGUCACAGAGAACAGGCUUCUGCCCCAUCUGGAGAGUGGUGAUGGGAAGAACUUCUUUGGCGUGUUCGCCUUGUAAAGACAGACAAAAAUGGCUGCCGACAGAGGGGAAGGCUACGUCCCAAAUGCCAACCUAUUCCCUACACUUUUUUGACAAGAGCUCUAUGGGUGAAUUAUAUACAGGGAAUAGGUCACCAUUUGGGAUGCAGGCCACAGUGUGGAGGGAAAGAUUCAACUUUUGGAGGGUGGGGGGGAGCUAAUUACAUGAGGAAUAUACGGGAAGGCUACCUGAUAGGAGUCACAGGGCGUUUCAUCUAUUGAAGUUGACUGAGAUUAAGACAUUGUUGUUUUAUGUUAAAGCCAAUGCUUUUAUACUCUUCUGUCAAAGAUGAGGAAUCAUAGCCUGGGUACCAGUCUGUUUGUGCCAUCAUGCCACUUCUUGCCAGCCGUUGACAUGCCAAACAUUGGCUUGCACGACAGCAUGGAGUAGUCGAGAGCACAAACAGAUCUGGGGACCAGGCUAGAGGAAUUAUACCAACCUAUAUAAACUGUAGCAGUUUAUAUAUCCUUGGGGUUUAUUGUACAACAGAUGUGUUGCCGUGGUGUUACCACAGCAGCAUAUUUCUAUAAUGUUAAAGUACUAUGUACUUGAACUAGUGUUACUCUCAGAACCUGCUGCUGAACUGCCACCCACAGCACCCAAACCCAACCGCGCCAUAUCCUUUUACCCGAAGGAAUUCUGACGACGAUUCCACGUAUUUUUAGCAUUUUGAUAUACGCUGCUAGAUCUUAUUGAAAAGUUAAAAUACGUUUCUAAUUGAUUCUGAAUUAAUCAUGUCUCUCUCUUUUUAUUAUUUAUUUUUAUUAAUAUAGCUAUUAUUAUUUAUUAUUUAUUUGUUCAUUAUAGUUGUAUUGUUGUCUAAUAAUAAUAAUAAUGUUAUUUAAAUGGAAUUUGACCAUAUUUAUUUAAUUUAUUUAAUUUAUUUGAAGUGUCUAAUACCUAAUUGUUAUGUUAUUUAAUUGCAUUUUAUAGAGUCAUUUUUAUUGUAUUCAUUUAUUUAACUUGUGCUGUUGAGUCAAUAUCUCAAUAAAAUUAUACAGAAAGGACAAAA